GACACUGAGCCGGUGACGACGCGGGGCGACUGGGCGAUUGGCCUGGGGUGUUGCAAAGGGCGGGGUUAGGCUAAUUAGGCGUCUGCUGAAGGGUUCACACGCGACUGGGGUCUGGAUUGUUGCAACAGUGUGAGGGAGAGGAUACAUUGUGUCAGUGCACAAUGUGGGAACAGUAGCAACGUUCCGAAUAUGUAUCGCUUCACUACGAAGCUCUGACCGUCUGGAGUCACGUUGCUUCUUUCUCUCUCCUCCUCGGUGUCUCGACACUUUUGUUUCUUAGAUUUCCACCCUGCCUUCCCCUCGGAUCCCUUUCCUUUCCUUUCCCCCCGCAUGGAUCCAGCAUCUCCCUGCCCGAGCCGGGGCUCGACGCUGGGUGCCGCCUGUUCCCCGUCCGCAAGCGGCGGCCGGGACCACCAUUCGCCGGCGGGCGCCCGCUCUUCGGCGCAGACGCCCGAGCUGAAGCGGCAGGCGGUGAAGCGGCACCAUCACAAGCACAACCUGAAACACCGCUACGAGUUCCGAGAAACCUUGGGGAAAGGCACUUACGGCAAAGUGAAGAAGGCGGUUGACAGAUCCGGCCGAGUGGUGGCCAUUAAGUCGAUCCGCAAAGACAAGAUCAAGGAUGAGCAGGACCUGGUUCACAUCCGCCGGGAGAUCGAGAUAAUGUCAUCACUCAGUCACCCACACAUCAUUAACAUCUAUGAAGUGUUUGAAAACAAGGAUAAGAUUGUGAUCAUCAUGGAAUAUGCAAGCAAAGGCGACCUGUAUGACUUCAUCAAUGAGAAGCAGAGCCUGACUGAGCAAGAAGCCCGACACUUUUUUCGGCAGAUUGUGUCCGCCAUUUAUUAUUGUCACAAGAACGGGAUUGUGCAUCGGGAUCUGAAGCUGGAGAACAUCCUGUUAGAUGCCACUGGCAAUGUCAAGAUUGCUGAUUUUGGUCUCUCCAAUUUAUACCACCACGACCGUUUCUUACAGACAUUCUGCGGUAGCCCCUUGUAUGCGUCUCCAGAGAUUGUCAAUGGGCGCCCCUAUCGGGGUCCUGAGGUUGACAGCUGGUCCUUGGGUGUACUGCUCUAUACUUUGGUCCAUGGUACCAUGCCUUUUGAUGGUCACGAUUACAAAAACCUGGUCAAACAGAUUACCAAUGGUGAAUACCGUGAGCCAACCAAACCUUCAGAUGCAUGUGGGCUGAUCCGAUGGUUACUGAUGGUCAAUCCAGACCGUCGAGCCACCAUUGAAGAUGUUGCCACUCACUGGUGGGUCAACUGGGGCUACAAGACCCAAGUCUGUGAGAUGGAGUCGGUGAGGGGCUAUGAAUCGCCAGUGACCAUUACUCUGGACUGGAUGCAACGGUCAUCUCGCAUCGUCUUCGAGAGUGGCUCGAAGGUGCGUUGCUUCUUCAAGCAGCACAGCUCGCCGCUAGAGCGGCAGAGAUCACUGAAGAAAUCAAAGAAGGAGAAUGACAUUUCCCACUCCUUGCAGGAAGGGGGGGCUUCAGAAAGCCCAGGCAAGUCGCUACUGAAGAGGCCGAAAGGGAUACUAAAGAAAAGGAACAACUAUGAGCAUCGAUCUCACAGCGCGGGCAAUGUCAGUCAUCCCGCAGAGGAGACUGUGUUUGCUCAUAUAGACUCGAGCACGUCCACAGCAGAACCCAGCAGACAACAGGACAGCCCAACUGCCCCUGCACCAAAGAAAGGGAUAUUGAAGAAGCCUGCAAAGAGAGAAUCUGGGUAUUAUUCCUCACCGGAACAGAGUGAGUCAACAGACUUGCUGGACUGUGAGAACUCUGUCUUUGAGACGGCCACUUCUGCAGCCCAGAGUGAUGUGUGUGACAGCUCCAAAGACCCUACAUCCCGGCGCAAAGGAAUCCUCAAAAGGAACGGCAAGUUCUCCUCCAGCAGCACAGACUCUGCGAUGGGCAGUGCUACUCUGAAGAGUCUGGGGUCCUUCAACGAGCUGGCCUUUUCUGACAUCAGGCUCUCGUCUAAUAGGAGCCAUCCAUCGAGUGCAGUGAGCGAGGACAGCAUCCUCUCCUCGGAGUCCUUUGACAGGCUCGACCUACCCGAGAGCCGGCAAGAACGUAGCCAAAUGAGGAGCUGUGUCUCCGCCGACGACUUGCUCCACUUGGAUGGAUCGGAGUCAGACUGCAGGCCACGCCUUUGCAAGAUGAAGUGCUUCGCUGACCACUUGGCUGACAGCAACUUCUCCCUCACGGACCUCGAUAAUGUGACGGAGGUCUACAAAAAGGCUGUGGCAAUUUGCAAUAAGCUGAUCUGAAUGGGACAAUUUCAGUGGCUGUGUAAUCACCCUGAGUCCUAAUGACUGUUCUUUAUGUGAUGUGAGCAGGAAGAUUACAGGCCAGAUGUACAGUUGAGGUUAGAAAGUUGGGUAAGAGGAAAAGAAAACACAAAAGGAAUAUCGUAGCUCUAGGAUGUGAAGAAAGGUUAGGGAAAGUCGGACAGCCAAGGCAUUGUGCAAGGAGAUAUUUCUUCCUCUGUUAAUCCAGCAGAACAUUUUGCUUUAACAGAUACAUAGGAUCCCUAAAAUGGGAUCAGACCCAGUAUUGAAGACGUGUGGAUCCCUUGCACUGUGAAGCCUGAAAGAGGAGGGAGAAAUGUUGUGUAAAGGUGGUUGAUAAGAUUGUGAAUAUAAACUAAGAGGUAAGGUUAGGAAGUAACAUGCAGGAAAGAAAGAGGGAAGGCUUUCCUUCCCCCCCCCACCCCUUCCCUUACCAAGUAAAUGUAAAGGAGGGGAAGUGAUUGAGAAUUUCCGUGGUAAUAAAAUACCACCAUCUGUUUACUGUGUCAAAAUAAAGCUCCAUCGACAGCUUGCAUUUUCACAAUGCAUUAGGCUGGUUGAGAAUGGCCAUGUCACUGGUCAGCUGAUGGAUACCUUGUGUACUUGCCGUAACUGUGUCUGCCAAAAAAAAAUUGAAGUACAGGAAAAUUGUACUGAGAGAGAAAUGAGUUUACUAUUUAUGUGUCAGACAUGUAUAUAUUUUGCGAGUUAAUUUAUUUUUAUUCUCCCUCUGUCUCAAACUUUUGGUUGUAUGUAAAUAAAUGAAGUCCGAAGAUGUUUACUAUUAUAAUGAAGUAGAUUUUUUUUCUACUAGUUAAUAAAAAUGAAUAUAAUCUUCAAGUAGCAAUGGAAGCCAGUUGAUUAAAGCAAGAAAAUUGUGUUUGUUUCCCUGGGGGAAGAUUUAACACCAAGAUGAGUGUUAUUUGACUCAUCUUAACGCUGGGCAAGUUUUGGCAUUUGAGAUACAAUCAGAAUACUGAAAGUUUAUUUUUAAUGUUCUGGAUUUGGAUGUUUGUUUUUUUUUGAGGGAAGUUAAGGGGAUAGGGUGUGGGGGAACUGUGGUGUCUCCUCAACAUUCCCUUCCAGGAAUAUGUUGUUGUACUGUUAAUUUGUAUUCAUAUGCUGUGGUGUUGCAUGCCAUUCUGACUGAAUGAAUGUUAUUCUGACUGGUGAAUUAUUUUUUGAGUGAGUACUUGAAUCCCACUUGGGAGUGCUAUUGGUUAAAAUCCACCAUCCCUGACCCCCAACCACCCCCCAUUCACGUCAAUGUGACUUUAAAAAGCUAGAUGUUCAAAAUUCAGCAUGAAUGAUCUCACUGAGAGAAGGAUCAUAAAGUCAGCCUGGGGCAGUGCUCUAAUUUCCUUUCUGUUCCCUUGUGAAUGUUUUGUGUGUUAUGUGAGGCAACCAAGGUUAACUGGACAUCAUUGCUGUGUCCAUUUUCAACUGGCCAGUUCCAGCUCCCUCAUGUGAACUCAACAAAUGAAGGGCAGACCUGCAGGAGGGGAGUGGGGAAAGGAACAGGCAGAAAUUUGACCAUGAGCCCCUUUCCCAGUCUGUCCAGUUAACUUUUUACUUUAUGAUAGAGCAACAGCUUAUUUUCUUUGAUUUUCGGUAGACCAGUAUGGAAUUUAUUGGGAAAAAAGAAUGUCAAAACCCAUUUUGAUAUGUGAAUUAAUCUCUACAAAUAAAAAUUUGAACGAUGCUGUGAUAUGCCAAUAAUUGUCAAUUUUGUUUUUGUGCAAUGGAGAAAUAUUGGUGGUCUGGAGUAAAAUUGCCUCUUGGUGUUUGCAGAGAGCUGUUGCAAUAUUAUCCAAUGUUGUGAGCCCUCCUAGUGGCCAUUUCUUUACCACACUCUUGAACCCCUAUGAACAGAUGAUCAGUUUGUUUGGCCCCUUGACAGGAGAUGUGAGGUGCUGAGGAGAUUUGAAGAGGAUAAGCUAACAAUUGUAAGGAAAAAGAAAUAUUUAAAAAUCACAAUAGCAAAGGCAUAUAAGCAUGAUAGUCUAUUCAGCCCCACAACUCUGCCUACCAUUGUUAGCUUGUAGUGAUCUGUCAUUUAACAUCUCUAUAACACUAAGCAUCUUUGCCCAGCAAGAUAUCUGUCAAUCUUUGUUGGGAAGAUUUUAAUCUUCCUGGGAGAGGGAGUUCCAGAUUUCCAUUACCGUUUGUCUCAGAAAUUGCAUUCCAACAUCACCUCAAGCAGUCUACUCUAAUUUUCAGAUUACUUUACCCUUAUUCUGGACUUGCCACACUUGAAAAUAGGGGAGAUACUGAGAAAUUAUCAGUUCCCUCAAUCCUCAAGCAUAGCAAUAAGAUUGUUGCUACACAGGACCACACUUUGAUGGCUUGUUGCUGAGCCAGCUUGGCUUGGAUUGAAGUAACCCCAAUCACUGGCAUGAAGGGGAAGGGGGAUUUAUUACUUAAGGUCAGCUGAUUGCACCGCCCCCCCCCCCCCCCACACUUCACUUCCUGGAAGGUGUAGUUAGGGGUGAGGACAGGAUACCUUGGCUGUGCUACUAAAGCCCAACAUCCAGACGCAAACUUAAAAAUGAUUAUUUGAGCAAGAUCUUGAGGGCCAUAUUGGCAUCCAUCCAUUGCUGGGGUUUGAUCCUACAUCUUCAAGCAAAGAGCAGGACCAUUUAAAAAAAAAAUUGGAGGGAGAAUAGAGUGAUCAUGUUUAUACCAAUAUUUCUCACCCUGCAUGCUUUAUGAGACCCGCUUGUGCCCCAGCUGCAGAAGUUGAAACUCCUGGGGCAAUGCGAUACAUUGCCUUGUUGCCUACUUGCUGUGGAUUACAUGCUUUGUACAUGUGUUCCUUGAAUUACUGAGUAAUUUGUAUCAAACAGAAUGUCAGACUGAAGAAAUCUGUGAUUUGUUUUUGUUGUAAAUUGCUAAUUUAUUUUUUUUUAGAUGGUUAAAAUCCAUUUGCCACAAUAAAAGAUAUUGCCUUAAA